AUGGCUGCCGAACAAAGCCAUGUUGGUUCUCGCGGUGACGAAGACGUUUCCGGACUCCAACUCCAGGACCUGCCACUGAUCACUGGCAACGGCACCAUUUUAUGCGACGUAUCCACCACUUCCCGCCGUCUCUUUGUGCCGCCAUCCCUCCGUCGAAGGGUCCUCUCUCUGCACAACCUAUCGCACCCUGGGAGUCGAGCUACUGACAAGCUGGUUUCCGACCACUUCGCCUGGCUUGGGAUACACAAGGACCUAAAGGCAUGGACACGGUCGCGUUCCGGCUGUCAACGGAGUAAGGUCUAACGGCACAACAAAGCUUCUAUCGGCGCCUUACCCACUCCGGAUGCACUGUUCAGUCAUACCCACCUGGACAUCGUAGGCCCAACGCCUCUGUGGUGAGGUACCGGACUAAUUUACCUUUGACAAUUUUGUCCCAGUUUCUUUGCUCGGAUUGUUUGUUUGAAUGUGACGAAAAACAACCCACCUGGCUAGUGUGCUCCUCCUUCGUGGUCUGUCGUCAAUUUUCUUAACGUUCGAAAUCUCUAUAUUAUUCACUGCUCAGUUUUACUUGCUGCUUUUAAGGCUAGGGCUCGCUGGAUAUAAGUCGUUUGUUCGUGAGAACUUGACUAUCUACGACACCUCUGUCCAAUGACUGUUCCCAUCUCCUCACCUGCGUGGAUCGAUCCAACCAGUGGACGGAAGUUAUCGCUCUGUCUGAUGUCACCGCUCCAACAGCCAUCAAGGCUUUCCUCAGUCGUUGGGUUGCCAUCUUUGGUGUACCCUCCACUAUCACGACUGACCGCAGUGCCCAGUUUGAGUCUAACCUCUUCCAGUCUCCUCUCCUUUUUAGGCUGCACCCGCAUCCGGACGACAGCCUAUCACCCGUCUGCCAACGGGAUGGUAGAGCGAUUUCAUCGCCAGAUGAAGGUCUCCCUACGUGCCGCAGACGAUCCGGAGAACUAG